UUGGUGUAAUUUCCUUUAGCGUCUCUUUAAAAGUUGUAAUCUUUAGGGGCCUUUGUGAAGAGAAAGAGAGAGAUCUCAGAUCAUCAAAAGUGCGUUUGGUAAAGGGAUGGCAGGUCGCUACGAUCGGAACCCCUUCGACGAAGGAGACGAAGUCAAUCCUUUUGCGAAUCCCGGAAGUGUACCCGCUGCUUCGAGUUCCAGACUAUCGCCUUUGCCUCCGGAACCUGCUGGUUUUGGUUUUGGUCGCACUGUUGACGUUCCUCUUGACAGACCAGGGUCUGGUGCCCAGGUUCGGUUGUUUGAUGUUGCAGUUGAUAUCAUACGUUUUGGGAGUAGUUUUAAUGUUUCUUCCUUGUGCUCUUCUUUCCUUGUUUUGGAAAUACAGGAUCUGAAGAAGAAAGAGAAGGAGCUCCAAGCCAAAGAAGCUGAGCUUAAACGACGGGAGCAGGAUCUCAAACGGAAAGAGGAUGCUGCUGCACGAGCUGGAAUUGUUAUCGAGGUGAAAAACUGGCCGCCCUUGUUCCCUCUUAUCCACCAUGACAUUGCAAAUGAAAUUCCCAUUCGUCUCCAAAGGCUACAGUAUAUUGCUUUCUCAACAUACUUGGGGUUGGUUCUUGCACUUUUCUGGAACGUCAUCGCCGUUACUACAGCUUGGAUCAAAGGAGAAGGAGUAACGAUUUGGCUUCUUGCUCUUAUUUACUUCAUCUCGGGUGUCCCAGGAGGCUAUGUGUUAUGGUAUCGUCCUCUCUACCGUGCCUUCAGAAAUGAUAGCGCAUUGAGCUUUGGAUGGUUUUUCUUGUUCUACAUGCUCCACAUAGCUUUCUGCGUCUUUGCUGCAGUUGCUCCUCCUGUUGUCUUCAAAGGAAAGUCACUUGCGGGCAUAUUACCUGCGCUAGAUAUGUUGAGCAGUCAGGCACUGGUCGGAAUCUUCUACUUCAUCGGGUUUGCGUUUUUCUGCCUUGAAUCAGUGGUCAGCAUCUGGGUUAUUCAGCAAGUAUACAUGUACUUCCGAGGGAGCGGGAAAGCAGAUGAGAUGAAAAGGGAUGCUGCAAGAGGAGCCAUGAGAGCUGCGGUUUGAUACAAAUGAUUUGAACUCAUGAUCGCUCCUGAAGCUAUUGGUUGUGAUGUGUAACUUUUUACAUUCUUCAGCUCUUUGACCUUUUUGUUUUGUUUUGUUUUUACAGCAGCAAAGUAAAAAAAAAAUUUGUGUAUUUGUUUUUAUUCAAUUUGAGUUCAGAUUUCAUACACCA